AUGCCUUCCUCAAACAAUAACCUUUUCUUCAUGGCCUUGUUCAUGCUCCUCGCAACGCUGUUACUGGCAUCAAGUGUAUCAGCUCAGAACAGCACCAACACUACAUCCCCGAACGCUACUCUUUAUAAUACACCUACAGCGACACCAGCAAUCCAGGUACAAAGUAGCGCAAACACACUGAAAUCGACGGCUGCUCUGUUCGGCGCUCUCAUUGCUGCCGCGGUAUUUUCAUUAUAA